UGCUGCGGCUCCGGCACUGACUGGGGAGGUCCGAAGGAGGGGGCUGGCUGCGGAAGGCUGGAGCUGGCGACACCCCUCCUUCCGACGCUGCGCCACGUGCGGGUGAGGCGAUCCGGGCGGGACUUACUCCGGAGACGCUGCUGCCCAGGCCGUACAGCUCCCGAGGCGCGGGCUCCGCGAGCUGGAACCCGGGUGCAAAGGCCCGAGCCCCGCAGCCGGCGAUGCACCGGGGAGCCGCGCGCCCCCGCCCUCCCUCCUCCCCGCCCGCGGGCCGGGCCAGCUCGCGCUUCUGCCGCGUGUUCCUGGCUCCGAGCUCCGCUGCGGAAAAGCCAAGCAGAGGCAGCUCCCCGCCUCGCAGCCCGGGAAGCUCCGGGGGCGGCCGCCAGGGAUCUCCAAGCGCUCCGGGUUAGGCCGCCCGGGCCGCCCUCCGGGGCUGGGCCCCUACCCGGCGCUCGGCCCCUCGGCCCGUCGGUUCAGUCUCCCUCCCGCCUUCUCUCCACAGAGCGCCCAGAGGACGCCGAGAUGACGGCCGGGAGUCCUGGAGACUGCGGGGAGGUGCGGAGGAGCCCCGAGGGCCGGGUCUCCCGCCUGGGCCGCCGCUUGGGCCGGCGCCGGCGCCCCCGUUCCCCGCCGGAGCCUCUGCGGGUGCGGGCGCGGCUGCGGCUGCGCUCGCCGUCGGGCGCGUUCGCGGCGCUGGGGGCGCUCGUGGUGCUGGUGGGCAUGGGCAUCGCGGUGGCCGGAUACUGGCCGCACCGUGUGGGGGCUCUGGGGCCCCGGGCCGCCAACUCCAGCGCGCCUCCCGCAAGCGAGCUCCGGCGAGAGGGUCGCGGGGCUGGACGGGCUCACGGUCCGCACGAGCGACUUCGGCUCCUGGGGCCCGUGGUCAUGGGCGUCGGCCUGUUCGUCUUCAUCUGCGCCAACACGCUGCUUUAUGAGAACCGGGACUUGGAGACUCGACGGCUUCGCCAGGGGGUGCUGCGGGCCCAGGCGCUUCGCCCCCCCGACGGCCCGGGCUGGGACUGCGCUCUGCUCCCCAGCCCCGGCCCCAGGACCCCGCGCGCCUUAGGCUGCGCAGAGCCUGAAAUCUGGGAUCUGUCCCCACACCGGGGAACCUCGCCCGUCCCGUCAGUGCGGAGUCUGCGCUCCGAGCCUGCGAAUCCUCGCUUGGGGUUACCUGCCCUGCUCAACAGUUACCCGCUCAAGGGGCCGGGGCUGCCUCCACCCUGGGGCCCUCAGACUCAGACCGGCCAUGUAAUCAUCACUGUGCAGCCCUCUGGUUCCUGCAUCGAACACUCCAAGUCUCUGGACCUGGGACUCGGGGAGCUCCUGCUUGGGGCCCCGGCAACACAAGACUGUGCUCACCGAAGCUGGCCACGACUGGACCGCCUCAGCCUGGGGGGUUAUGCCAAAUUGGGAGGAGGGGACCUGGGGGCCCGGGUCUGAGGGGCAGCAUCGACCACUGGUAACAGGACCAGGAGUCCCAGUUGAAGCUUCAUCACAUCCAAGACUGGGGAUGGAUGCUCUGGCCCAGGCAGCUGCUAAGGUGCCUUGACUUGCAUGUCGGCAGAGAAACGCCAACUGCACAAAGGUUCAAUAAGUUGAAGAGUGUGUUAGUGUGGAGUCUGGAGGCCAGCAGGACUCGGCUUCAGGAAUUCCGUCAGCUUCCGAAAGUGGCCUUAGCCCUGGACAGGUACCUGAUGGGAUUGGAAGUCUAGGCUGUGGUGAUGGGGAGGUGCACCUGGCAUCUUGGCAAAUCCAAAAAGGUGGGCAAGAACCCAAUUAGGAAAGUUGGUUGGGAUAUUGCAGGCUGGGAUAAACUCCCUUUAAGGUGUACUAGUGAUGGGAUCUGGGCAUCUGGGAAGAUGGGCAGAGCUGAGAUAACUCCACUGCCAUCUGGGAUGGGGACUGAGCCUUUAACCCCACUACUCCAACCCCUUUCUUCCCUCAGCCAUGCAGGGUACAUCCCAUUAGGGCUACACUACUGCCAAUGCCUUCAUACUGAGGGCCUGGCCAUUCCCAGAACAGGUCUGAGAAGUCUCCUUCUCUCCUUUGUUGUGGCCUAUGCUGCAGAAUCUCCCUCCAGUUGGCAAAAUGUAUUUGUCAGUUCCCAGAAAUUCUUUUAUAUGGGUAGCUUACUUCAGAAGAUGGCUUGAGUUUGUAUCUCCCCUAUCCAUGGAAAAACUUUCCUAAGUUGCUGGUAGAAGACAACUUUAAAAGAUGAAUCCUCACAGAGCCAUUUUUUUAAAGUUUAUUGAAAAAUGCAAUACAAGAAGCAAGACCAAAUACAUAACUAAACACUAAAACCACUUUUACUACAAAAGGUCAGAAAGGCAGACCUAAAAUUAUUGCCCAUUUAAUCUAAGAAUUUUGCCAGUUUGAUUCUGCUGCCAUAGUUCCUAUUUUGUCAGGAAAUGUAAACAACUACUUGAUAUGAUCAUAGUUUUAAAAAAUUUACAAAGCUCCUUCAUUUUUGUCACCAAAAUAAUACACUUCAGAGAGACUUGUAAAAGCCAGCCAGGAUCUGAGUCUCUGGCAGAGAAUUCCCAUGAGAGAUUCUUGGUGUCGGUCAGGCGAUGACUCUUGCUCUUUCCCUAGUGGGCUGUCCCCUCCCCCUCUGCCCCCUGCAGAACACAUGGCCAGACCUGGAGUGGAGGGCAGAGGUCCUUGAAGCCAGGCUCUGUGGACCCUCAGCUUAGAAAUUCAGGUUCUGCUUUGUAGGUGGGUGGGUGGCUGGGUGGCAGAGACCUCAUGUGGCUUGGAGGAAAUCUUUAUUUCUCAUGUGGAAUAAAAAUAAAAUUGCAGCAAGA